UAGUAAAAGAAUUGAGAGCUUAUGUAGAAGCCAUAUCAGGUGCACACGGCUGUGCAGGAUGCAGUGCAUGAUGAACCAUUUCACCACUGUUCAAGUUUUAAGUGAUAUAUUUUCUUGAUUUUUUAAACGGGUAUAAAUGUUUGAUUAAUUUACACAACGUGGAUGGAAAGAAGAAUGGAGACCAUUUACGUUUUCUGCUGCCUUCUAUAUGUGGGAGCAAGCAUCAACGUAGAGGGAUUCGAGCGGGGAGAGGUCUCGUUCCAGUGUCAACACAAAUUUGCAAGGAAAAACCAUAAAUACCUCUGCAAGGAUCCAUGUAAAGUCAGUGACGAUAUACUGGUCACUGUAGAGUCUGGCAGAAGAGCAGAGUCAGGAGAUAUAACUCUGGUGGACUCUGGGGACGGAGCCUUCACUGUGACCUUCAGUCAGCUCCAGCUGUCAGACUCGGGGAUAUACUGGUGUGGGGUGGACAGGCCUGGCUUUGAUACAUACACCGAAGUACAACUUACUGUUAAGAAGGCUGUUGCGAAUGAGGUAACAGCUAUCAUAUCUGAAGUUUCCCCAACAUGGACCUAUCAGAAUAUUUCCAACUCAACACUAUUAACAUCUGCAACAAAUCUUUCAACAGAGUCAAACUACACUGACAGAGUCAACCAGAAUAUCAGCACAGGCACCGUGUUGUACACCAUCAUUGGGGCUCUUGUCACACUCACUAUCUGGGUAUCAGUGACCUGCUUCAGAAAGCUUAGAAAAAACUCCAAACUUCAACCACAAGUUAACUCCCACAGCACAGACAUCGUCGCUACAGAUGAAAGAAAGGUCGACUCUGAAUAUGAUGGGAUUGGUGAGGACCUGCAGUCGAUAAAAAAAGCAUCCGAGACGUUCUCUUGUACUCACCACCCAAAACAGGACCUGUCAAUAUCUGCGUCCACAGCAGCUGAACGUGGCGCGCCCCUCGUUAUCUAUGAAAACAUCUGCUGCUCCACCGCUUGUGCAGAUGCAAGACGUUCAGCUGCACACGACCAAGACAAGCAUGACAUCAGCUCCAGAAUCUACAUCAGACCUCUGCCGCCUACAGUACCUGAAAGAGCUGGUGAUGGCUCCCUCGGAGAAGACGCAAAUGAAACGGCAGCAACUAAAAAUGCAACAAGCAAACCCACAGAGAGCUGCGCAAACAGUAGAUCAGCCUGUCUCUCCAGGUCUCGCAGUGAUUCAGAGGAAGCGAGGCCAAGAUCACUGUGGUUUGGUUUGGAUUUAUCUGGAACCGUCUGAGCUACUCUCAAAGCUGUGAUUUAUAGGACUUUCAUAGACUGUAUGUCCUGUUCUGCUUCACCGUUUAUAGACAACAUUUGUCUUUUACUGUCAAGCAUUUUAUUUUUUCCUUUACAAACUGCUUGGUGUAGCAGACCCAGUCCUGUGAAAGAGAAGCUACACUUAGCUUCACUAAGUUAUUUGACAUGGUUUUGAAUGUUUGUUUUGCUUGAGGUGUACAUUACAAUAUCAUAAGAGUUGAUCAUAUAUUGAGAAUGACCCCUCCACACAUGCAGUCAGUUAUACAUUAAAACAAUCUCUUCUGUGUGUCUGACAUGGUUUUUGAAGAAAAAGUACAAUAUUUACUUUAAAAUAUUAAAAUGGCUCACAUUCCUUCUUUCCUAUUAAUUACUCAAACAUUUUUAAAUGUGGAAACACAGGAUCCCUCCUACUUCUACUUCAAGUCCAUUCUCAUGUGUUCUAGAGGUUUCAGGUUUCCACAGCACACUAGUGUUUGCAAAAUAUUGGACCAGGAUUGGCUUAGAAACUUUUUGUGACGUCACAAAUCACACUCAUAGCCCCACCUCCUGGAAUCAGAAGCACAGUGAAAAUAACACUUUCAGCAGAUGAAUGUGACAGCAGCCCUCUGGUGUCAGACUUUGCGCAUAUGUCAUUCUACACAGUGAACCUCAAACGUCCAGCUGUAGGAACAAGAAGAAACACUUUCUUUUGACUAGAGGCAGAUUUUAAGAUGUAUCAUUUCUGCUCUAAUAAUACCAGUUUCGUGUCACCUGUUAUUUAUUCACAUUCUGUUGAUAGUUUUAGUUGAUUUGAAUGUUUUCAACUUAAGUUCAUUUUCAAUCAUCAAAAAAAUCAAUUUUCAGUCAUCACACUGUUCUUGCAUUGGAUGGCGUUAUAUGGCUACAUUUCAUGUAUUAAAGAUGCUACUACCAUUUCUUAUUAUUUCUGUCAUUAAUGUCAUUUUGUCUACCUGUAUGCACAAAAGAAAGACACCUCUACAACACAGUCUCGACAAUAACUUACCAUUACA